GGCAGCUCCUGGCUCCUCGCCUUGCGGAGCCCCGAGGAUUACACCAGGAAUUUGCUGCCACUCCUCGGACGCCGGAGGGGGUCCAGGAUUUGCAUCCCACUGAGCACCAUAAGCUCUCGGACCCUUGAGAAGACAGGGGGGACCAUGGCAUCGGCAGAAGGUGCCAACAAUAUGCCUAAGCAAGUUGAAGUGCGGAUGCAUGAGAGCCACCUGAGCCCAGUGGAACCAAGACCCAAACACUUACACAUACGAUUCUGUCAGUCUCUCCGAAAAAACCUUCUUCUGUCUCUUACAGUAGCUGGUGUCAUUUUGGGUGCACUGUGUGGGGGGCUUCUUCGCCUGGCAACUCCUAUUGACCCUGACAUUAUCAUGCUAAUCGCCUUCCCAGGAGAUAUCCUGAUGAGGAUGCUAAAAAUGCUGAUCCUUCCCUUAAUUAUUUCCAGUUUAAUCACAGGACUGUCUGGUUUGGAUGCUAAAGCUAGUGGCCGACUGGGCACGAGAGCCAUGGUCUACUACAUGUCCACUACUAUCAUUGCUGCUGUGCUGGGUGUCAUUCUGGUUUUAGCCAUUCACCCAGGGAAUCCCAAACUCAAGAAGCAGCUGGGAGAAGGAAAGAAGAAUGAUGAAGUGUCCAGUUUGGAUGCUUUCUUGGAUCUUAUUCGAAAUCUGUUCCCUGAAAAUCUAGUCCAAGCAUGCUUCCAGCAGAUCCAAACAGUCACUAAGAAAGUACUGGUGCCACCACCGACUGAAGAACCCUCUAAUGUCACUGACUCUGUCUUUGCUAUGGUGAACGAGACAGUGAGUGAAACCACACCAGAAGAACAGUUGGUCAUUAUGAAGGGGCUUGAAUUUAAGGAUGGAAUGAAUGUCUUAGGUCUGAUAGGGUUCUUCAUUGCUUUUGGCAUUGUUAUGGGGAAGAUGGGAGAACAAGCCAAGAUGAUGGUGGACUUUUUCAACAUCCUGAAUGAGAUUGUAAUGAAACUAGUGACUAUGAUCAUGUGGUACUCACCUUUGGGCAUUGCCUGCCUUAUUUGUGGGAAAAUCAUUGCAAUCAAGGACUUAGAAGUGGUUGCUAGGCAACUGGGAAUGUACAUGGUAACAGUGAUCGUGGGCCUCGUCAUCCAUGGCGGGAUCUUCUUGCCAUUACUGUACUUUGUGAUAACAAGAAAAAGCCCUUUCUCAUUCCUUGCUGGCAUUUUCCAGGCAUGGAUCACAGCUCUAGGCACAGCUUCCAGUGCUGGUACAUUACCUGUCACCUUUCGGUGUCUUGAAGAAAACCUAGGCAUUGAUAAACGGGUAACAAGAUUUGUCCUUCCUGUUGGAGCCACUAUUAACAUGGAUGGGACUGCCCUUUAUGAAGCAGUGGCUGCCAUCUUCAUUGCACAGAUGAAUGGAGUGGUGUUGGAUGGUGGGCAGAUAGUCACUGUGAGUCUGACGGCCACCCUAGCAAGUGUUGGAGCUGCCAGUAUACCCAGUGCAGGCCUGGUCACCAUGCUGCUGAUCCUCACUGCAGUAGGCCUACCCACUCAGGAUAUAAGUCUACUUGUUGCUGUUGACUGGCUCUUAGACCGGAUGAGAACUUCAGUAAAUGUUGUGGGAGAUUCUUUUGGUGCUGGCAUUGUCUACCACCUCUCCAAGGCAGAGCUCGAUAACAUUGAUUCCCAGCAUAAGGGGCAUGAAGACAUUGAAAUGACCAAGACUCAGUCAAUUUAUGAUGACAUGAAAAAUCAUAGGGAAAACAACUCAAACCAAUGUGUUUAUGCAGCUCACAACUCUGUCAUAGUAGAUGAGUGCAAGGUAACACUGGCAACCAAUGGCAAAUCUGCAGACUUCAGUGUUGUUGAGGAAGAGCCUUGGAAACGUGAAAACUAAGGGAAGAGAAUUCCAGCUCCAUCUUUAAUAAGCCCCUGAAGCUGUCUUAUGGUAAAAUAUUAAAGAAGAUUGCUCUCUUUUUAUUUAACAUCUAAGGUUUCUGCUUAUUUAGUUUGUUAGCUGAAACUUAGCAAAGAGCUCAUAAAGUCAUUGUUUAGCUGAAGUGUUUUUUGCCAAAUAACAGCUCAUAACCAUCUAUCUCCCCUGUGUCACUGUUUGAAUGGAUGCAGCUGGGGAAUACUUUCUGUGUAAAGAGAUACAUUCUCACCCGCCUUCCCCUUUCACUCAAGACACAGAGAAUGUAGAUGCUGCAAAAUGAAAAGAUCAACGUGCCAGUAUGGCUCUCUCCAGGGACUCAGGGUAACAAAUAUAUAGUAUCAUAUAAACCUUAAAGUGUUUUUAGUGUCUCUGUGACAUACAUAUGAAUCAGUACUGAGGCAUACAUUUGAUGUAUUUAACAUUAUUUAGCUACAAUAUUAACUGUCUACAAAAUGUUUUCUAUCUGUUUAAAUGAUAAUUAGGCUUUGUCUUGGGCAAUGCUGAAUUGUUUUAUUCCUGUUACACUUUAAAUUAAGUGUAUAAGUGUUUCAUUUAAAUUUGGGGGCUAAAGUCAUUCCAAGUGGAAUUGCAUUAAAAUCCAUACAGUCUAUACAUCCAAGAUACUAUACAUCCAUCAGCAAUAAUAUAUUGUAACUAUUAAUGUCAUUCAGAAUUUGCUGAUAUUCAAAUACAGUUUGUUGAUGGUACAGGAUGGCUCACCUGCACCACCCCCUGCCCCCUUUAUCUCACUCAGUACUAUCUUCCUCCACACACAGUCCCAUGCACUGCCACGCGAUUACGUGUGUAGUAAGAUACUACUCAGAAUAGAUAAAGGGUUUAUAGUUGGGCCCACAAUAACUUUGAUAAUGAGGUGAAGCCAAAUCCUGACCAGUUUACUCAGCUACGAUUCUGAUUGAAUACAGCUUUCUGAAUUUGAUUAUUACUGUACAAUCAACACACAAUGUUCAACUGAAAUGAAUUUACAAGAUGUUCAUUUAUACCUUAUGACACUAAGACCUGCAGGCAUUCAGGCUCCUGACUCACUCAGAUCCUUUUGAAAAUGUUACCCAUGUGUUCUUUAUAUGGACCUCCUAAAACUAUAUACAAAGAUCAGCCCCUACCACUUUUCUUCAGAAGGUUGGGUCACUCCCACUGAAUAUGACUCAACCCCACAAGUAGUCCCCAGGAGACUAUUCUGGGAAGAAAGUUUUAUUCAACAUAAAGAAGAAUACUAGGAUCUGGCCCCAGAUCGCUACUAAACAUGUUUUUGUUGGGGAUGAAUAAUUGUGUGUAACAUGUUAAAAUGUAAUGGUGCUUAACACAUCAGUUUACUGAUGCAUCUAUGAAACACUUAACAUAAAGUGAUAACUGUCUUCCUUCUCUGAACAUUUCAUGUUUGAGCCAACAUGCUUAAUACAGAAGCCAUUAUUCAGUCACAUUUCAGAUUUGAAAUCUAUAGGAAAAAUGGCUAAGGUUGGGACUGAGUCAAGGAGGAAACCUCAGGAUUUAGGCCAGUAACUUGAAUCCCUAUCUCUCUGAUGUGAAGUAACAAUUUGUAUUAAUCUCUUUGUUUUCUGAAAAGUAAUGACUGUAAAGAACAAAGCCUGUGAAGAUAUUUUGUCAACAAGUCUUUGUAACCAUAAGUAUUGGGAAAGAUAUAGGUGAAAUCACUUAUUAUAGUGUUCUAUGGCAGAUCUGAUCCAGGGACAACCUGCCCACUGAGCAAACUGUCUGUGUGUAACAUGAAACAUGUGUAUGUUUUAAAAUUUUCUCUGAGUUGACCAGCCUAUGAACUUAUCUGAAACUUGUAAGAAAGAAGGGGGAGUGUUUAUGGAUAUAUGUUACCCUUAGCCCAUGGACAUAGCUGCUAUGGAUGUAAAAUACAUGCAAAUAUUAGUUGUAUUUGGCCCUGUAAAAUCAAUUUCUGAGUUUAAAUAUUAAUCUAGCUGGAUUUUUUGUUUUUCAUGCUCUGCAUCUAUGUUUGUGUGAGGAUUUCCACCAAAUCACUGACCAGAGCCAGUAAGGACUAUUUGCAUGAUUAAUGAUCUGCAGGAUCAAGUCAACAUAGUCACUAAUCCUGUAUUUGUUGUGUGGGAAAUAUUCCUUGUCAAUGUUUCUGCUCCAUUGACAUCCUUUUACUACCAUCCUAACCAAAAUAUUCUAGAGAAUUUAAUAGGUACUAAACCACUGCAUGCCCUAUACACUUUACCCUGAAAACCUAUAGAAUUGAAUAAAAGAUAAUACCUUUCUAUAGGUCUUUUGAAUCAACUUAGAUGUUUAUAGCAGUGCUAGAUCUCUCUAUUAUAUGCUAUAGGAUGGUUUCAAACAAACUUAUCAUUUUCUAUUUGACUCCUUAGGACUAUUUCAUUCUUCAGUGGGUGUGUCUACACAAGACAUUUUCUGCAGAGCUGGUCAAUUAGCUCUGUAGUAAAAUGUCACUGUCUACAUGUGCAGUACUAUUAGGCCAGAGUAAACUAAUUAACUCCACCAUAGGAUAAUACUGCCAGACACAAGUACUAUCUUGUGAUGGAGUUACUUACUUCACCGCACUGCACCUGUAGACACUGAUGGGGCUGGCUGGGGUACAAGGAUGCUACAGUGCAGGGUCUGCGUGCUGGCUAGCCCUGCCCUAUAGCACCCUCAUGCUCCAGCCAGCUCUCACACAGCACAUUGAGCUGAGUUGGAGCAGUCCCAGGCUCACAGGUGAUCCCCAGGGCCCCUGCCAGCUGGAGCUGCUCUGUCCCAACUCAACAUGCUGUGAAUCCAGGCAUACAUGCAAACGCUGUGCCCAGGAGAAUUAAACUCCAGUGUGAACUGUAACAGAGUUAAUUGCUCCACCCUCAUUGCACAUGUAGAUGUGCCCAGUGCAAUACUUAGGUGUUUGAAAGGAUCCUAUUCUUAUCCUUCUGGCACCCAAAAAUGUGAACCUACAAAUGUACUCAUGCUUUGCUUUUCAUAAAAAUGUAGACAUAACCAGAAAAGGGAAAAGAAAAAGAUGCCAUGGUGUUCAACGUACUUAAUGGAAAAUUGUAAGUACUCUGAACUUUUCAAGAUCAGGGACCUAGUCUGGAUUUGAAUCAAAGUUUUGUUUCCCUGUCCCCCACAUGAAAAGCUGCCAAGACUGCUCCAGUACUCUCUAAAAUGUACUAUAGUUGGCAUAGCUAUUUUUUGCAUGUUGGCUCACCUUAAGUGUAAUUCUCUUAGAGCUAAGUAGUAGUUAUAUCCAAGAACAGAAUACUGAAAUAUAGUUGAGAUUCACAAACAUUUUCAAAGCAUGGACCAUAUCAUAAUAGCAAAGUAUGCCACCUUCCAUCCUAUUCAUGAAAAUCUACUUUCCCUGUGGCAGCUAUAAAGUGCUUACAUUUAAAUGUAUCAUAAAGAAGUUGAUUAGUGUAUUUUUAUCUGUCUUUUAAAGUAAUUUAGUAGCUGGAAAGAUGUAGGAGAGCAACACUAUGUAACUAGGCAGUUCCAUACAAUUGCACACUGAGAACAGCUCAGAAUUUGCUUGUCUUUAUCAGCUUUGAACAGACUGCCCUUUAAGGAGGUGUUCUUCAGAUCAGGACUAAUAGAGGGUGAGGUGAAAACUCCACCCACGCAGCCUUUUAUUUUGACUAAAAAAAGCAGAUUGCACAAUGUUUAAGUAGGACUUUUGUAGCUACAGUAACUCAGGGAAGUUUCAAUAGAUAAUCACCAUGACAUUCUUCUACUUAUAUGGAAAUGGGAGAAGAGGAGCAAUAGAGAAAUAUUGUUUUCGGUAAACUCUUUGUUAUCACACAAGCUAUAGACUUAACGUGGUGCUGCUCCAACAAGUACAGAAUUUAAUCAUCAAAAAGCUUUCCACUACUCUGGGAAAUGUAACUCACAAUUGGCUACAAUUUUAUAGUUUGCUCCUUCCAUAUGAGGCUUUGUUGCUAAACUUAACUAAACAAACAAGAAAAACCCCAGAACUGGCCACUCAGCCUAAUGGAAACUUCAUAUCUGAGUGGACAAUGCUUGUUACUGGCUUCUCUCAUUUAAUCAGAUUGUGUUAUACAGCGGUUUUGCAUUUGGCCUACAAAGCAUUGCAUUUCAUUAUUCAUUUCUCUAGUGUCCGUGAAGCAAAAUUAGGGGAUGAGCACAGCAGAAGAUGACAUGCUUUUGGUGUUGGUAUAUGAACUAAAAUUUCUUUCUACAGGCAUUUUGCUUAGUCUUCUGUCAGUGAUUUCCUCAAUUGCCUACAUACUUAUGAAUGAUACAUAUGUGUUCCCUGGAAUGCUGACAUCAGCAGAAGAUCAUGGUAAAACUCAGGAAAUAGCAUGCUUUAAAACAAAUACACACAUAAGCAUUUUUCUGGAUAGAAAUGUACUUACAUAUUUGAAUACUUUACUGAAUCAGGAAUAUUACUUAGUCUGUUCUGGUGAUAUUCUUCCAGGCCCAUUGCACACUGUAGUGAAAACUGAAUUAAUCAUAGAAUCACAGGGUUGGAAUUGAUCUCAAAAGUCAUCUAGUCCAGGUAGUACUGAAUUUCUUCUUCAGUAUUUCUUUCUAAAGAACAUGGCUGGCUUUGUGUAAAACAAGUUUGCACAGGAUUUAUGCAUUAAGAUACAUAAAUCUCAUUUAAGGUUUAUGCGAACUAAAUCACAAGAUAAUACAUACACCUCUCAGUGAAGGUUGAGAGACAUUUUUUUUCCCUUUGGAAAACUAUAUUUUUUAUGCUUGCAAAGUGUUGACCACUCUAAGCUCCCAUUGAAGUCGACUGGAGCUCCCACUUAAGUCAAGUGUUCAGCUCCUUCCAAGAUGCACUAGCAUCCUCAAUGACAGUCUGAUUCACCUAUGAGUAGGAUACUUAUUCACUCAAAAUUCCCAUUAAUAUUAAAAAGCAGAGAAAGAUUAUUAUUGUUCAUCCUUGCCAUUUCCUUCAUUACUGUUAAUACCUCAUCGCUCUUUAAUGCUAGUUGGGGAUUUUAACCCUGAGACCACAGUCCUAGAAAAGGAAGAGAAUUUUGUCAACCAUUUUAAUGUGAGCAGAAUCUGACUGCAUUUAAUGCUGGGGCCCAUGUUAUCCUCUUUGAAAUAUUCUGUUUGCAGGUUCUUUAUGUAGGGCAGUCAAAGGAAUGUAUAGUUCUAACUUUAUCAGCAUUUCAACAAGCACGUGUUCACUCUCUCCUAUGUGGGGGACAAGAAAAGUAGUGCAAGCUAGAAGUUAAUCUUGUGCAGGAUUAAUUCAGACAUAAAUAGGGUUACUGUAGGUCAUGUGUUUUGCAAAUGCUGUCAGGCAAUCAAUAAUGUUGACUGCAGCUAAGUUAAUGAUCCAUGUUGUCAGCUUUUGUUGUUUCCAAAUUCUUGCAUUAUAGAAGAAUCCAGGGAAUCUCAAAGUCUAAUAAUAAAGCUUUCCUACCUCCUUGAACCAAUGGAAAUAGACUGUGCAGUUAGGCCCCCUCUACACAUUUUAUCUAUUGGACAAUUGUCUUGUUAAUGCAUAAUAAAAUUAGACUGGCUACAUAUGCAAAUUAACUAUUGCACCUUAAAAGGGUCCAACCAGCUAUAAAGUUAUUGCUUGAUAAUGUGUAGUAGCAUUAUAGCUGUUUUCUAUUCAUCUUAGGCUGGAAGACUGCAACUGCUGUGAUCUCCCAGGCGCUGGGGAGCACAAGGGACUGGGAGAUCAUAGCCAGUGCAGUCUCCCAGCUGCAGAGGUGUAGGGGGAUACUCCAGGCAGUUGCUGGCACCUGAUGGGGCUCAAUCCUGGCUAUGCCACAUACAGCCAGGACUGAGAAACCCCUGCACCCGACAGGGAUUUUUAGUCCUGGCUGUUUGUGUGGUCCAGCUGGGACUGAGAGCCCCGUCAGGUGAGGGAGUCACUGGCUGUCUGGUGUGCCAGGAGGGGUGAUUGUGUGGAUCACACAUUAGAUCCUUUACCUACAGGUGUAGAGGGGGUCUUGGUUCCAGCUGACCCCCAAAAAUGAUCUUUGCUUGGUGUUCCAGGUGAAGGUGGCUCUUCUGCUGAUGUGGAAAGCUCGUGUGCUCAUAAAGGAAAGCUCCUCAAAUCCAGAAAUAAGUUUAGAAUUCUGCAUAUGAACAAAAACAGCUAAAAAAAAAUUAAUGAUCUUUUUUUAUAAUCUAAGAUAUAGCUAGUGUUCAUUUGCAUCCAGAAUCCUAGUAAAUGGUAUCUGCCAGUAUCUGUAGGAACACGGAAUUCCAAAGUUCAUUUCUUUUUUUUUUUCUUUUUUUAAGAUCUAUGAAUACUGUAAAUUUCUGAUUUGUCUUCCAUCCAUUUUCACCAUGAGUCCUUGGGUUAGAACAUUGAUAGCUGAUGAUUAUUAGCAGAACAAAUGGCUUGUCUUACAAUAAAAGCUGCAUCAAGAAGCAACAGCGCUCAAAUUAAUGUAUGCUAGCACCAGCUGGGGUUCUCUUUAAGCAGGCAAUUUUCUGAAAACAGUACCACUUGAUAAUCUCAACUUUAAAAUCUACAGCCUUCUUUAAAUGCCCUUAAAAAGGCUCUAAACUUUAGUAUCAGACUUGAAAAACCUUAUAAAUAUUUAAAAGCACAUCCCUUACUCAUCAGAUUAAGUUCCAUUUUAUUUGCUCCAUUUGGGUUUAGUCCAAGAAGCACAGAAUAGUAAAUAAAGGCACUUUAUAAAAAUGCACUGUAGUAUUGUAUUGCAAUGAGCCAGAAGACUAACGCUGAUAACAAUGUUUCUGUGACCUCUUAAACUAUCACUGUAAUAUUUUUCAGAUUGAUUAUUGUCAUGAAAUGUAGCACAUUGGUCUGAAUUAAUCUCUGCUGUACUUCUGUUGAUUUGAAUAGAGUUACACCAGGGAUUCAUUCACUAUAUUAUUAUACCCACUGUUGCUGUAGUAGCUUGACUUUUUAAUGAUGUUGUGUGGAACUAUCAUUAUAUAAAGAAUAUAUUCCACACGAAAGAAUGUUUUUUUAAAAAUCACAUGGGUGGUGAAGAAAAGACAUUUACUCAUUUUUCACUAGCAGAAGUCUUAUGCACAGAUUAUAGCUGCAGACAUAAGGAUAAGCAGGAUAUUUUAAACAAAUCUGUUGAACUUUACCUUGAGACAGUCUUUCAAAAGUGUUAACUUCUUGCUGAGUAUUCACCAGAAACAGUAUUCUUUAGCUUACAUGAACCCAGUCCCUACAGUCCUGGGGCAAAACUCAGGCAGAUCAUGUCAUCAUAUCUACUUAAAGCAAAUCUUCCAUUAUAGACAAUGGGAGUGGUGCAUAAAUAAGGAGGGGAAAAGUUGGGUGUAGUGUGGUAGUUACUCUUUGCUUCCCCCUAUGCUUUCUUAGGCUUUUGUUUGGUAUUAAAAUUGAAAUCUGCUGCUACAAUGAGCCAAAAUGCUGCUACUUUUCACUAAAGCCAGGGCUGAGAAUUAUUUUUACUCUGAUAUGCAUAAACUAUUGGCACAACAUUCUAUAGACCCCUCCCUCCAGGUCUUUCCCCCUCCCCCAUAAGACAUCUUCAUUGGGUAUGUAGAAACUUGGCAGCGUUCUGCUACAAUAGUUACAAUUCCUAAGGGACACAACAGUAGUGCAUUUAAAACCAUAGUCUUUAUGUAAAACCUGAGCUCCAUAUGGUAAUGUUAUAGCAUUAACAAGACACGGAAUCUGUUUGCUAAUAUGAGAUGUCACUACCAAAUGUGCUAAUGAAAGGUUUGGGGAGACAGGGAGGCAUAUUUCUUACAUCAACCAGCUUCUUGAUUCUUCCUUUAAUUAUCUAUUUGUCUAUUGAUCCAUCACCUGCUGUUCUUGGAGUAUAUAAUACUUCUAGUUUGAUUUUCAAAAAUAAAAAGGAAUGCUGAGAUUCUUCAAUAUGUACAAAAAUACUCUGUGAAGUACACCUUUACACCUACAAGAUUGCUUUCAUAGAUACCAUCACAUAACUUAGAUUGUCUAAUUAUUGUACAGAGCUUUGUAAAUAAGUAGGGUAGUUUGCAGGGAUUUUUGUAUUGUUCUUUUCUAUUUGUUUUCUACAGUUUGGAAGACCAUUUGCAAAUUUUGUGUUUACAAAGUGAUUUUCACAGGCCAUACUGUAGAUUUGAGUAUUUCCAGUUUUGAUGUAAUGUGUAGGCUUGUAAGUUUUCGUGUACUGCAGGCUCUCUUUUCUUCUUAAAAAGUCAGCAAAAAUCCAUAGACUUCCUUUCAACUUCUAUCCUUCUUUCUUUCUUAAUGUAUCCAGUUUAUAGUGUGAACUGUAAUUUAUAGAAUGCAUGAGUAAAAAAUUACAUAUGUAUUUAUAUUUGUUAAAUAUGAUAUGCUCAAAAUUGAUUUAGCUAUUAAUAUAGGUUUUAUGGGUCUGUACUUGUUUUCUGGAAAUGAGAAAGAACUACAUUGUAGACUGAACUAAAUUACUUAGUGUCUGUAAUUUACAGACACACAAAUAUUUUCUUACAAUAUUUUCUAUAUGACCAUAUAAGAUACAGAAAGCCUCCGUACAGGUAAUCCAUACCUUAGCACAAAAUCAGAUUUCUUAUAAACUUUUAGAAUCAAUAAUUUUUUUCUGUAUUAUGUUUAAUGAACUUGAGAAUAGAAACUUAGUGAUGACUAAUAAAGCACAAACACAAAUAGGAAUUAAGAAUUUCAAGGUGUCCUUAAAUGCUGCAGUUCAUUAUGGAACACUAUGGGUACGUACAUACAUACUAACUUUCUGACAGUUAAGUCAACUUAACUUUUUAAAGUCGACUUAACUGUCAGAGCAUACACACAUAUGUAUAGCACAGUUGACUUAAAUGUGGCGCAAGAUAAUACACCUCCGAGGUAUAUUAUUCUGAGUCACGCUAGUUAAAUCAACUCUGCAGUGGAUGGCUCACAAAAUGGUUGCCACCAUAUCAAGGAGUGGUAUGUGUGUACGCUCCAAUGUGGCUUAACUUAAGUCAACUUAGUUAAGUUGCCUUAUUUUAAGUAGACUUAGAUGUGUGUACACACUCUAUGUUAUUAUAUCCUGAACAAUCUUCUAGAUUGACUGUCUUGGGCAACUGUCCCUCAUUUUGUACAUUUGACCUGGUUUUACCUGGUCAAAUCAUAGAGAUCUUUCUCAGGGUCUGAUCCUGCAUAAUUGAUUUACCUACAACUCCUGUUCAAUUCAUUUGGAGACUCCAAGGUGCAAAGAAUACAUAAUCAGACACUCAGUCCAUUUUCCUCAGGCAAAGCUCAUACGAGUUGAGUCUGUGUAAGGUAUUUAGUGUUUGGCUUCUUAACUUUGCCUCCAUGCAAAUGGACCAGUGACACAACUAUGGGACCACUUCAGUUGGGUUGCAUAUGUAAAAAUACCUUCUGCCUUCUUAAACAUUUAUAAGAGAACAAAUAACAUAUUUUUGUUCUGAACACAUAGGAUUUGUUGGUUUGGGGUUUUUUGGUUUUUUUUUUUAAUAAUACUCUAUUCCUGUUAGGCAAAUACCUGUUAGACUUGAUGUUAAUGAAGCAUAUUUAAUUAAUAAGGAAAAGUGAUUGGAGUAAAUAGCUUAGUAAAAAAUCAACAACAAAUUAUGUCAAACAAAGUCCCUUGUAUAAUGAACCAUCCCCGUGGCAUACAAUACAAAACAAAGGGAGUACUGAACAGAAUGCCUGUCCAUGGAGCAGAUGUAUUUUCAGAAAUUAGUAGGGCCAUGAGACUCUCUUGAAGCUUAAGUACAUAAAAUACACAGUAGGUAUAUAUACACGUGUUGAUGUACCCUUAUUUUUUAAAUCUCCCCUUUAUAUUUUUAAAUUAGAUAUAUCAGAUAUUCUCUUAUUAGAUUUGAAGGUAGAGUUGUAGUAGAUGAAUUACUAAUAGCUGUCUAAGCAUGGAACCCUAUAAAUGUAAGUUUUGACAGGUUGUUCAAGCAUGAUGAUCAGUGCCUCUCCGCACUUUGUGUAGAUAAUGUAGCUAUCUCUGUGUAAUUUCAGUGAAAUGGUAUAUACAGUAUAGAUAGCAGUGUUUUAAUUUAAUUUGUUGAUGUGUAUUGAAAUGUAGCAUAAUAUUUGGCCUGUGUUUUGAAUUUUUGUUUUGGUUUGUUUUCAUUUGCUUGUCUGGUUUUGGGUUGGGUUUUUUUUGCCUGUUUGUUUUUUUCUUUUUUAGCCAUUUAACUAAAAUAGUUUUCCAUAGUUUGGUAAUUGCAUUUAUAUGUAUGUAACAAAAUGUCAAUGCAUAUCUUGUUCUGAUAAUGUUCAAAAUCCUAUAUGCAGCCAAGUCAUUGUAAAUAUUUUACUCUUAGUUUUCAACUAUCUAACCAGCACUGUGUGUAUGUGCGUGUGUGUGAAUUUAACCGGUACUUAGCGAAAGUGAUUGCAGUAUGGAUUACUGCACUGUGAAUGCAAUAGUUGUAACAUUUUGAAUUAAUGUAUGUGUAGAAGGAUUAAUUUAGUUCAGCAAUACAUUUGUCUUGUAUACUUUGCAUGUUGAAAAUGUAGCUCCAUAAGGUUAGUAAGUCACUGCGUGAAUUCACAUAAUGAUUAUAAGGAAAAAUCAACCUUAUUGUGCUCUUCUAAAAAUGUAGAUGCUGCCUUUAUCCUUGGCAAUUUGUGUAGCUUGCAACAUGGAAUCCAAAAUCACGCAAUAGCAUUUUCAAAUUCCUCUAAUUUAGUUUCAUUUCCUGCUGGACUACAGGUGCAAAUAAAUGACAGAGCCUACCAUUCAGUCUUAAACAGAAGCCUAAACUUGCCUGUUUAUUGUAAAAUGCCCUACACUGCAAAACAUCAACCCUUGUUUCAUUUCAUCUGUAAGAAAAAUCUGAGGAAAGAUACCUAGAAUACUGAGCACACAAACAAAAAAGUCCUUGUGUUGUUAAAUAAGAUUUUUAAUAGCUACUGAAAAUUAAGCAUAAAAUGGAAUGCUUGCUAAGAGAAAGAGGAAAAAGAAGAAAAAAUGUCUUUGGUGUACAUUAUAUCUAUUUUAUUUAUAAAAGUAUACAUGUCUUAUAUGAUGCACAUAUAUUAUACAUAUGAUAUAUAUUCAAUGGCAGAGAUACUGUAAAACCUGUACCACUACUCAGAUCAAUGAAUAUAUAUGGGGGGAAAGCCCCCUCAUUCUGGGCUGAAAACAAAGUACUGUGAAGUGCAGUUGAUUCUUAGUGAAUCUGAGAAACCUCAGGAGAGGUGCACAAUAUGAUGAAGCUGAUUGAACAUGGAAAAAAUAAGUCUGAUUUUACUCAAAGUUAAAAUGUAAUUCCAUUAAAGUACAAGGAAUUGGGCCAGUAUCAAACUGGAAUGAGAUUACAGUUCGGCUCAAGCAGUUGCAAGGAGGGUAAUUUGUGAGACACAUCAUAAUAUUUGAUCAGAAUUAAAUACUUCUACAGAGCUCCAUUUCCUCCCUGCUUAAUUCCAGGCCUCAAGGAUCCUUUCAGGAUUGGGGAUCUUUACGUGUUUCACAUAAAAAAAGCAAGAAAAACAAGAGAGAAGCUUGAUCUUUUCCUUAGAUUCAAAAUGUUCACCUGGGACUUGUGGCGAUGUAGUGUACAGUAUUUGUAGCACAGUUUGUUUAAAGACUAAUAAAUGCAGAUGGUAACAUUUCUACCAACUCUGGGCUCCUCUCUUGUAUAAUGUAGUAGGAAUGUCUUGUUGACUAAGUCUAUAUAUUUUUUGUAGUUCAGACCCUCUCUUUACAGUUUCUUUAGCUGUUUGCUUUUAAUGCUUUUCUUACUGUGUAAACUUACUCUGUAACUUUUAUGUAUAAAACAAACUGGACAUUCUUUAUAUACUGGAAAUAAUCAGUGAAUACAAGAUUUCACUAAGUGUUGUACCUUUUCUGUACAUAUCAUAAAUAAAUGUUGAUUCAUAAUUUUCA